UCCGCGAGAGAUUGGUUCCUAGUAUAUCUUUGUCUUUACUCUCAUAAUAUUUCAAAAGCUAGCUGUACAUUAUAUUCAAGAUUCCUUUGCAUCGAAGCUUUUAAAUCGAGAAAUAGAGAGGAGAAUUACAAAGCCGUGAAAUUGACGGUUCUUUCUUUAGGAUGAGUUUUAGCAAUCGUGUUUUGAUUUUGUUGAUAGUCGUGGUUGAGGUCUCACAAAUGGUUCGGGCACAUGGUAGUAAUGAAAAUCCUCUCCACGACUCAAAGAUCACGCACGACAAAGAUCACAUAAAAGAGCACCUAAAGGACGAAAUAGAUAUCAAAGAUGAAAAUCUAAAAGAGGAAGAUCUUCAGUUCCAUUAUUUCAAGUUGCAUGAUUAUGAUGGUAACAAUAAACUGGACGGGAUAGAACUCAUGAAUGCCAUGACCCAUUACCAUGACGAAGAUGCUGCCGAACAAAAUAACACAGCACAGUACACUGAUGAUCAAAUGGCUAAUAUGAUAGACCAGAUACUGGCUGAAGAUGACACUAAUAAAGAUGGAUAUAUUGAUUACCCUGAGUUUGUUGCAUCACAGAAGAGUUAGCAACACCCACAAAAUUCAAUAGAUGAGAAACAGCUACAGUGUAGUUCUACACUCUUUUAUUUAUAGUAUCAAUGAAGAAACAUGCAUGAUUUUGAACUGAACAGUUGCAUACAGCCUUCAAUGGUGUCGUUAUAUCAGAGAUGACACAUCCAAAUUCUUAAAUUAAAUCUUAGAUUUUCAAAGGCAUGUGGAAAUUCUGCCUUACACCCUAGCGACAUAACAAUACAACAGAGUAUAUAAAGGAGUAUGCCAAAGAACAAUAUCAGCAAAAAAUAAAAACUUAAUAUUUGCCAUUAUGUUGUUGUUACUGCGUUGCAGCUUUGAGCUAUUUAAAAAGAAUCAAAUUUCAAAAUGAGCAAAAAGUUGUACACACUGAAAUGUUGUUAUGUUGCUAAUGUUGGGCUUUAUUGAUUAGAGCUUUCCUAUAUUGUCAGACCUAAGACGUUAGUGUAAAGAAUUGAGUGUAAUUAACAAAUCAAUCUACAAUCCAUUUCCUAUAUAUUAUUUUAACUAUCUACAUACAUAAUGUUGUUUUUAUUAAAUAAUUAAAAGGUUGUUAAAAUACACUCAUAUCACAAUUUUUAAGUAGACAAAAUGGAACAUUAGGGACGAGGCAAAACUAAUCUAUACUUUACAGAGAACUUUGUAUGUACACUUCAACUAUCAUAAACUUUGAGAUUGAGAAUUAUUGCAAAAA